UCGCGGGCGCUGCCAGUCUCGGGCGGCGGCGGCUAAUGAGCGGGCGGCCUGCUGGGCGGGCAGAGGAGCGAGCGGCGCGCGGUUGAGGCGGAGAGAGAACGAGCCGACCAGCCACCGCGGUGACAGGUCCCGGCUCCGGCCUCGGCCGGCAGCCCCCGGCACGCUGGACCGGGGUCGCCUGGAGCAGGCGGCGGGACCCGCGGAGAGCGAGCCGGGCGGCGCGUGAGCAGCAGCCGCCGCCGCCGGCGAGAGACAAACUUCGUCUUCCGGGGCCCGGGCGGCGGGAGAAGUCGAGCCGCGGUGAGCCGGGCGCCGGGAUGCCGCGUGCGCGAUGCAGCGUCGCUCACCUGGUGGGCCCGUGGAGGGGUUUCUACUGAGAAAUAUAAAAGAAAAUGACUACUGAUGAAGGUGCCAAGAACAAUGGAGAAAACCCAGCAGCAGCUGUUGCUGAACGGGGAGAGGAUAUUACCUACAAAAAAGAUAGAGGAGUAUUAAAGAUUAUCAAAAGAGAGGGAAAUAGUGAGGAAACACCAAUGAUUGGAGACAAAGUUUAUGUCCAUUACAAAGGAAAACUGUCAAAUGGAAAGAAGUUUGACUCCAGUCAUGAUAGAAAUGAACCAUUUAUCUUUAGUCUUGGCAAAGGUCAAGUUAUCAAGGCCUGGGAUAUUGGGGUGGCUACCAUGAAGAAAGGAGAGAUCUGCCAUUUACUGUGCAAACCAGAAUAUGCCUAUGGCUCAGCUGGCAGUCUCCCCAAAAUUCCCUCGAAUGCAACUCUCUUUUUUGAGGUUGAGCUCCUUGAGUUCAAAGGAGAGGAUUUAUUUGAAGAUGGAGGCAUUAUCCGAAGAAUCAAACAGAAAGGAGAAGGAUAUUCAAACCCAAAUGAAGGAGCAACAGUAGAAAGCAGCUUUGCUGACUGUUCCAUCCCUUCUGCCUCAGUCCACCUGGAAGGCUGCUGUGAUGGAAGGAUGUUUGAUUGCAGAGAUGUGGUAUUCAUUGUCGGCGAAGGAGAAGACCAUGACAUUCCAAUUGGAAUUGACAAAGCCCUGGAGAAAAUGCAGCGGGAAGAACAAUGUAUUUUAUAUCUUGGACCACGAUACGGUUUUGCAGAGGCAGGGAAGCCUAAAUUUGGCAUUGAGCCUAAUGCUGAGCUUAUAUAUGAAGUUACACUUAAGAGCUUCGAAAAGGCGAAAGAAUCCUGGGAAAUGGAUACCAAAGAAAAAUUGGAGCAGGCUGCCAUCGUCAAAGAAAAGGGAACUGUGUACUUCAAGGGAGGCAAGUACAUGCAGGCAGUGAUUCAGUAUGGGAAGAUAGUAUCCUGGUUAGAGAUGGAAUAUGGCUUAUCAGAAAAGGAAUCAAAAGCGUCUGAAUCCUUUCUGCUUGCUGCCUUCCUGAACCUGGCCAUGUGCUACCUGAAGCUGCGAGAGUACUCCAAAGCCGUUGAAUGCUGUGAUAAGGCCCUUGGACUGGACAGUGCCAGUGAAAAGGGCUUGUACAGGAGAGGUGAAGCCCAGCUGCUCAUGAAUGAGUUUGAGUCAGCCAAGGACGACUUCGAGAAAGUGUUGGAAGUAAACCCCCAGAAUAAGGCCGCAAGACUGCAGAUCUCCAUGUGCCAGAAAAAGGCUAAGGAGCACAAUGAGCGGGACCGCAGGAUAUACGCCAACAUGUUCAAGAAGUUUGCAGAGCAGGAUGCAAAGGAGGAGGCCAGUAAAGCAGGAGGCAAGAAGACUUUAGAAGGUGUCACCAGUGAAAAAGAAAGAGGAAGUCCAGCAAUGGAAGAGAAAGCUGAAGGCCUUGUAUGACAUCAGGCAAAGGAGGGAAGAGCCCUGAUGAACUUGGCCCCCUCCUCCCUGGGCUUUCACCCAACUCAGGACUAAACAGUGUUCAGUGUAAAGUUUGUUAUAGUCUGUGUGAUUCUGGAAGCCAAUGGCAAAACCAGUAGCUUCCCAAAAAACAGCCACUGUGCUGCUGCCCAGUGCUCUCAUUGCGGGGCUGGUGUGGGACCCCUCCAGGUGGACCAAAACAGAAAUGACUGUUGGUGUGGGGAGACCCAACCAACAGCGUAAGUCCAGCUCAUUUCAGUUUAUGUCAACUUUCAAUAUCCAGUUCAGGUCCCUUGAGAUAAUCCUAACAAUUUGGGGCUGUAUGUUAGGUUUUACAUUUGACCGAACUUUAAUAGCACUGCACAAAAUUUUAAACAAACACUUAAUGAAUUUCUCCUUUCCCACAGUUGGGUGAGGGAGAGGAGCACAAGGUUUUGUUUUUUUUUAAAUGACUGAAGUGCUGCGAAUGCAACCUGUUGAAUUUUUAACCAACCGAACCCAUGGUGGAGGGGUCUGGGGUCCCCUCAGGUCCACAGCAGUGUAGUCAGUCUUGAAAGCCAGAACCUCAGAAGCCACCACUUGCUCCCUUAGCCCCAUGAUUCCUUCCCUUAGUAAGCCAGCCCCCUUGGGAGAGGGGGUCUCUACCAAACACGCCUCGCUCUGAAGGAGGAAUUCUGUCGUAAUUCAAACACUCUUCAUCGAUGAUAAUGAGCAGACGGAGUUCCUGGAUUAGCUUUCCCUGUUUUGGAUGAAGUUCUGAGAUGCUGGAAUGUGAAAAGAACAAUCAGAAUUGUGCUUUUCCCCUUCUGUGUUCCUUUUAGGAAAUAAUAUUGAGUACGCCCUGCCUGCUAGCAUUGCUACUGUUCAGUUUCUUACUUCCAUUCUAACCGUUGCUAUAAAGAAUUUAAGACUUGUUCUUAUAUCUUAGACCUGGAGUGGAUCUAUUUACAUAUCCAUGCAGCUUUUUUUGUUGUCUUUUUAAAAUUACUGUCUCAUAAACAUAUGUAUACUGGUUUAUGGAAUAUUAUUUACACUCCUCUAUCAUGCAAAAGUUUUUUUUGACUUUUUACUUCUAAGUAGCUUAAUUUUUAACAAAAUCUGUGGGGUUGAAAUAUAAGUUGCUCUUCUACACUAAGGGUUUUCCUUGCAGGUUUGACACACAGUAAUUUUCUUUUCUAACUGAUAGCCUCUUUGUUCUGGUGUGAAUUGUGAAAAAGAAUUGAAAACAGCCUCCCACACAGUUAGACCUAAUCUAAAAUCUCCAGUACUUGGGCAUUGAAUUAGGGCAAGUCUUAAAUAUGUACAUGUGAUUGAAUCUUAGUCCUUAUGGGUAAAUGAAAUUAAAUACAGCUUUCUAUUCCCACAGCCUAAGAAACACUCAUGGGACUGUGCUGGUGACCCAAGGAAACAUUCACACCAACCUGGAACAUCUCACUUGUUAAACCCUAAAGAACACUGGCAAUUGUAUUUUAGAUUAGUUUUUAUCUUUAUGGUGGUUUUAACAAACCCCUUCAUUGUUAGGUUAGGACCCACAUUAAAACCUAAAAAUAAAAUCAUUUCCUUUUAUACCAGUUUUCUUCUCCAUUGAACAAACUGAAUUAAAUUGUAAUUUUCUCCUUUAAUAAUAACUAAAAUCCUUUAAUUUCCCAUUUACACUUUUGUGUCUUUUCAUAUUUCUUUUAAAACCCCAAUCUCACCUAAGAAAUAUGAAAAGCAAAAGCUUAUUUUGCUUAUUUGCUUAACUGUUUAGUAUUUGUAGCUCUGUUGACUAGAGCAUGACGCCAGUGAGGCCAAGUUUGAGAUUUGAUCCUAAAAAGGUCAGUUAGAGCUUUCUGCAGAUAAUGAACAAAAAAAAUCUUCCAAAAAUUAGAUUAUCGUGUCUCCUAAGUGUGUGUUAUGGGUCAUAGGGGGGAGGGGGGAGGGCAAGAGUGUGUGGAAUGUGUGGAGGAAAGGGUGUGUGAGUGGUUCUGAGCAAUGAUUGAGGUGCCCAUCACCACUCAAGAAAAAGAAACUUCACAUAUUCUUGUAUCAAAUUCAGUAAUCUUAACAGUUUGUCUAGAAAUCAUCAGAUGUAUCUUGUAGACCACAUAUGGAGUGGAGAGGGAACAUACGGUGAAUUAAAACAAAAAUUUUUUUAAUCAUUCAGGUACACUUUUUUGUGUGUUCCUUAAAUAAACUCAAAAAGACUGAUUUUUCCAUUA